AAGUCGAACACUGCACUCGUUUUUUGUUCUAUCUGCUGAUCUGGAUAAAGGAAAGAUUUAAUAUCACACAGAAACCACUGAGAUCAUAAUUAAUUUAUAUUAGUUAACAUUUAACAAGCGUACUAAGGUUUUGGUAGUGUCGGAUGCUCGCUUCGAAAUCAGCACAGUCUGCAAGUGGUUUGUUUCGUAAUAAUGGCAUUUUCACGUAAAUUUCUUACUUCUUUAUAAAUUACGAGGGAUUGGAGAUAAAAAAAAAACUCAAAAUUAUCUGCAAGUACAAACUAACUAAAAAGAAAGAUGCAGAGAAUUUCUAAUAUCUGAUAUAAAAUGAGAGCAGAAAACAUAUUUAGGCUAAAUAACAACGAACGUUGCCUCGGCAACCUCUCGUAGAAAAGCAGCUGAUCCGACUUGUACAUUAAUUUGUCCUAGUUUGUGUGUGAGGCGUUGAGUCGAAGACUUCUAUUCGGUUAUUGAAGACCACAGUGAACUUGUUUAAGAGAAAUUCACAAGUAUUCCAUGUAACUUAACUUUAUAGUCUUUAAAUCCUCAAACCCAUUCUUAGUGGAAUGAGCACAAGUUCAUCCGUCGUACAACUGGGUGCCGUUUCGUCCAUGUCAGGCCCACAUUCAAUCUUGGAGAUUGGUGAAAGAAAAGAAAAUAAACACACACCUUCAGAACAUGAUACAUCAAUACAGCAAGAAGGCUCUUCUCUCAUGGAGAACAAUCAUAUCAAGGAAUCUGCCAGCAGUUCAACUCCUGUGAACAAGCCUAAUCAAUCAUCUGAUCCAAACGAUUGUGUUCCUGAGGAUGAUGAACUCGGUUCUGAAGAUGUUGCUGCAGGCAUUAGUAAUAAGGAUAAGAGACCACCUCCUCUUGAGAUGGCCCAAGAUCCUAGCCUCGCAGCAGGGGAUGGUCCUAAAACUCCCCUAUCUCCACGAGCUAGAUCUGCUGGUACAUUAAAAACAGAUCGAGAAAAGAAACUUGGCCAUCGGAGAGUAGGAGAGGGUGGUGAAGUCACCUACAAAAAAAUACACACUUCACAAAUUAUGGGCUCCAUCCAAUUGGGUAUCAGUCAUGCAGUUGGAGGCCUGGCAUCGAAACCUGAAAGAGAUCUCUUGAUGCAAGAUUUCAUGACCAUUGAAACAACAAACUUUUAUUCCCAAGGAUCACAACUGACUCCAGCACAUCAUUACUCAGAUUUUCGUUUCAAGUCAUUCGCUCCCAUCGCCUUCCGAUAUUUUCGUGAUCUCUUCGGUAUUCAGCCCGAUGACUUUCUGUUAUCGCUCUGUAACGAGCCGUUAAGAGAAUUGACUAAUCCGGGAGCUAGUGGAUCUAUUUUCUAUCUGUCCGCCGACGAUGAGUUUAUCAUAAAAACUGUACAACAUAAAGAAGGAGAAUUUCUUAUGAAACUUCUACUUGGUUACUACAUGAACCUCAAUCAGAAUCCUCGGACGCUACUGCCAAAAUUUUUCGGUUUAUAUUGCUACAUAUGUAACUCGAAAAACGUGCGGAUGGUAGUAAUGAACAAUUUACUACCGUCUUCUAUUAAACUACAUGAAAAAUACGAUCUCAAGGGUUCUACCUACAAGAGAAAAGCCUCGAAAUCGGAAAGAAGUAAAACAGUUCCAACUUAUAAGGAUUUGGAUUUUCUGGAAUUGCAUCCCGACGGAAUUAUGUUAGAAGCAGAUACAUACACCGCACUGAUUAAGACCAUUCAACGAGACUGUCGUGUUCUGGAAAGCUUUAAAAUUAUGGACUACAGUCUUUUGGUUGCAAUUCACAAUCUGGAUCUGGCGGCUAAAGAAGAAGCCGAGCGCCGUCGCAACAAUUCAAUUGGCGAGGAAGAUAGUGGAGAAGAGAAUGGAGCUGUGGCUGGGACAUCCUCUGGAGCGACGGCUCAUCCACCACCUCUAGUUCGUAGCCGUUCCAUCAAUCGUCAAAAAUUGGUGGCUCAUUCCACUGCUUUAGAAAGUAUCCAGGCAGAAAGUGAACCCAUUGAUGAGGAAGAUGAUGUUCCACCCGGAGGCAUCCCAGCUCGUAACGCCAAAGGUGAAAGGCUUCUCGUAUUUCUAGGUAUUAUCGAUAUUUUGCAGAGCUAUCGACUGAAGAAAAAGCUUGAACAUACACUCAAGGCUAUGAUUCAUGACGGGGACACAGUUUCAGUUCACCGUCCUGGCUUUUAUUCGCAGCGUUUUCAAAACUUCAUGGCCAAACAGGUCUUCAGAAAGGUGCCCUCGCCUUUGAAACACUCACCUUCUAAGAAGAAACUGACAGCUCGGACACGAGCAACCUCCGUCACGGAUAGUGCAGCUCCGGCGAAUUACGACCAGCUCGCCAUCAGCCAGGAAUCAGUGUCUUUUCGACCACGAGCCAGCAACGAAGAUGGAGAAUCUCGAAGCCUCCCUUCAUCUUCUUCUUCGUCAUCGACUCCCCCUCCCGCCUUUGAGGAAGUUCUUCGUUCCGGGCCGGCGGAAAGAUCCCGAGAUCAGCCAUCCAUCGUUCAGGGACGAACCGGCAGCAAAUCUGUUAGUGCUCCAGCGAAGAGGAGCACCGAGACAACUGUAACUAGAACUUGGAAUUCCCACGCCGAAGCCAUCAGGAAUCCGCAAGGUGAACGUUCCGGAAAAGAAAUCGAAACUUCAGUUAUCAGUCAUACCCAAGAGCUUGUUUGUUUGACAAGUCAUCAUGUCUUCAGCAUGUCGGAAGUCCAGCUGGAGGUACGGUCGAAUAGCAAAGCGUCAUCGCUGGGAAGCGGGGAAAUACUACGAAUGGCCAGCGGUGUCAUUUCCGGAGGCCACACACCAACUCCGACAUGGACCGAAGGAACGCCUUCGUUCACUGAAUCGUCUUCCUCGGGUGAACUAGGGUUUUCAGGAUCGCCGAAAAUGAACCAAGCGUCUAGCAGCUCUGUCCGCUCCCGCGCGAGAGUCGUCCACGAAGAAACAUCCUCCGAGUUUCAUCAGGAUCAUGAAAUGGUGAGUUCCGCUCGCAUUCCGUGAACGCUUUUCCGCCGGCAAAAUAAAAACGGACCAGCAUCAGAACCAGCUAAAAAAAAAACAACGAACCUUAAAGAAAGACUGCACGUUCCGAUCAAACGGAUCGUCCUUGCGAAUUUCAAUACGUCUUCCUGGACCCCCAAAACCCCUUUUUUCAGAUUUUUAAAGCCUAAUUUUCCAUCUUGGUCUGCAACCUCAUAUAUAUCACAAGCCUCCACUUUGCUUGCUACUGCUACUGUUCCUCUAAUAGUUUAUGGCAUUCGGACGAGAGAAAACAAUUUCCUCGACCCUCCCUUCGUUAGUAAUUUGCAUAUCGAUGGAUAUCUUCUUGCCCCUCGCGUCAAGUAGCUAAGAAAAGAUCCUUCCACUCUAGAGAAUGGUUGUCCCCCGCAGUUCUCAAUGUUUCUACUAGCUACUAAAAAUAGUUGUGUUGAUUUCGGACUUUGUACAUUGAACCGUUUACAGACGCACCUCUAAACAGCUGAGACUUUUGUCGACGACUCUUGACGCCGGGAAAUGGAUGGCGUGUGCUGAUGAAGAGAAUUUACGAAAAACAAAAAAAAACAUUUGAUAAAUGGUGGUCUUUGUGUAUGUUUGCCUUCUAUUUGCUUCGUCUCUUUGCGUACGAUUUGCUGUCACUGUUAUCACUACGUCUUAUUUUUCGGUGGGUUUUCUCCUUCCCCCUGUCUUUUGUGUGUGUUUCUCUCUGUUUUUAUGUAACAAAGAAAAAAGGAGAUGAAGAAGAAAGUGAGAUCCACUCGACGCGGUUCUUUGUGGAAAUUCAACGUGAACACUGCCCCUAUCACAUGUGAUCAGUGGUUUGUACAUCCAGAGUUGUUAUUUCCACCUAUGAAAGAUAGUUGUGAUUCUCUCA